AUGGUGUACAGCAAACGAGGCGGGUGCUGCUGCGCGUUCGCGUUCGUCCUCGAGGCGAUCGCCCUCGCGGCGGCGCUCAUCGCCAUCACCGGCACCUUCUGGCUCGACCCCGUCGUCACCGACGCCGGCUCCGUGCUCCCCGGCGUGCAAAACGCCGGCCUGUGGAAGGUGUGUUACCCCGAAGCCCCCGUCGAGCUCGCGACGCCCGACGAUAUCGGAACAUCGGACGACGGAGCGGUCGCCGCGACGCUCUUCGCCACUGACCCGGGGGAUCCCGACGCGGACGCGGUGGUGUCGGGGUUCGCCGACGACGCACCCGUCGCUCCGAGGAGGGCGGGACCACCGGCCGCGUCCGCCGCCGAUACGAAGGACGCUUCCGAGGAAAGUCUCUCGGACAGGCUGACAAACACGUCGAUGGUGCUGUCGAACAUACGAAGGGACCUUGACGAGAACCUCCCUUGGACCGAGGGCUCGCCAAACUCCCAGUGCGUGACGAUCACGGGAUACCGCGAGAUGACUCUCUACUCCGACGUGUGGGGCCACGAUUUCGGGUCCAAGGUGGACGCCACGAGGGCGCUGACGAUUGUCUUCGUGAUGCUCGGCUUUGUCCGCCUGCUCCACUCGAUGAUAGUCUCGGUGUGCACCGGAGACUACGCCGCCGGCGCGACGUGCACCGGGGGCGCGCUGACGACGACGCAGGUCCUCGCCGGGUGGGCCGGGUGGCUGAUUUACCUGUGGAUCCUGCUGGACAUGUCCCGCGCCGUGGACGCGCACGCGCGGGCCGCCGCCGCGGGUGCGGAGAUUGACGUCGAGAACGCCGGCGAGGUGUCCAACUACUGGGGGUACUCGUUCUGGCUGUUCCUGGCGUCGACGCUGGUGACGUCCGUUGGGGCGUUCUUCGGGUGCUGGUGA